AUGACUGAUGAAUUUAAUCGAUACUAUAUCAAAAUUCGAGUUAUUUUGGGAAUAAAUUCAAAAACAAUCUUCGAGGAACUUACAGAAGCAUUGGGGCCUGAUGCUCUAUCAUACUCAAUGGUUAAAAAUUGGGCAAAACGUUUUCGCGAAGGAAGAGAAGAUGUCAGUGAUGAUCCUCGAUCUGGUCGUCCGAUUUCAGUUCUUACAGUUGAAAAUAUUGAAUGUGUUCGACAAGUUAUCGAAGAUGAUCCCCACUCAACUUAUGAAGAUAUUAUUGUUAAGACUGAUCUAUCGCGUGGUACAAUAGAACGAAUUAUCCAUGAUCAUCUAAAGAUGAGAAAGGUUGUAUCACGUUGGGUUGCUCAUCAACUUACUGACGAACAAAAACAAGGAAGAGUUCGAAUUUGCCGUCAAAAUUUAGAGAAAUUUAAGAACGGAACAUGGCGAUUAUGUGAUAUUAUCACUGGUGAUGAGACGUGGAUUUAUCGCAGACAGAUUGGUCGGAAGUCAAGCAAUUCUACCUGGGUUGGUGAAAAUGAACCACCAAGGACUAUUGUUCGUUGGAAUAGAUAUGAACCUAAAACAUUAUUUUGCUUCUUCUUUAAAUCCACUGGUCCUGUUCUUAUACACAAAGUAGAUGAAGGCAAGACCAUCGAUCAUAACUACUAUAUCGAUAACUGUCUUAUACCUGUUAUCAAUGAAAUAAGAAAAAAGGAAAAGUCAUCACGCACAAAAUAUAAAAUGCUUCACGAUAAUGGUCCUCCUCAUGCUCAUCGAGAUGUUGUUGAGUAUUUAACAGAGGAAGGUAUCGAAAUCAUUCCACAUCCACCAUAUUCGCCAGAUCUUGCACUGUGUGACUUUUGGCUAAAUGAUUAUAUCAAGAACAAGUUGGUUGAUCACACAAAUGAAGAAUCGCUAGCUCAGGAGGUUUCCACUAUAGUGAAGAAUAUUUAA